CCUUGUUUUGCAACCCUGGUUGUCAGACUGCGAAAAAAUUCGGGGAAAGGAAAGCAUUUUUUUGGGGCCGAAUUAAUUGUGCAGAAGAAAAAAACGUCGAGAAGCGUGAUUAGUUAAUAGAGACCAGGAUCCAGCGACCAGGUAACUCCGGAUCAGCAGCAGACGGAAUGGACUACCGCCAACUGAAGAACGACGCUUACGGCAUUGGCCAGCGGCGUGGUGGAGUGGGGAGCUCCGGCGGAGGAGGCAGUGGAGGCGGUGGAGGAGGGAUGUACUCCUCGAACUUCGGCGGCGGCGGAGGAGGAGGUAAUCCCAGUGGCGGUGGCUACGGCGGCAACCGGAAUCUAUCGGCGGAUAUGGGUAACUUCAAUCGCGGUGGCUACAGCAACAACAACAACAGCGGAGGCGGCAACAACAAUUACCAACGUCCCGCCGACGAUCGCUCCUCUUUUAAUCCAAACAAUCAGCGCUUCGGCAACUCUGGCGAUGAUUUCCAGGACAACUUCCGCGGUGGUCCGUCCUCCAAUUUCGGCCAAGUGAACAGAGGAGGAGGCGGAGGAGGAGGUCCAGGCAAUGUGGGCAACCUGGCCCGCUUGCUGGAACUGGAGGCAUCGCAGAACCGCCUACCCGGAAUCUCUGCCAAUUUCAACUCGGAACGCAAUCCAGAGUUGAACUACCGUGGACCGCAGUCGCAGGGAAACGGCGAUAGAUACUUCAACGAUGAGCCCAGGAAUCAGGGAUCCUUCGGUAACUUUGGACCCAACGAUGGACCAUCCUUUGGCGGCAAUUCGGGAGCCCCUUUCGAUGGCAACAAUGGUCCUUCCUACGGCGGCAAUAGUGGCCCCUCGUAUGGAGGAAACGAUGGACCUUCUUUCGGGGGAAACAAUCCACGCAACCAGGGCAAUUUCAACAAUGACAACUUCGCGGGAAGAGGAUCGGCCAACUUCGAUGACCAGCGAUCUGGUUUCAAUGACGCCUACGGACGCGGAGGAAACCAGGGCAAUUUCGGGCAAAAUUCUGGUAACUUUGGAGACAACAAUCGCGACUUGGGCAACUCGUACAAUCGCCGACCGGUGGGAGGAGGAGGAUCUGGAGGUCAGGGCUUCAACCCGAAUGCGGGUGGCAACUACAGUAACAACAAUUCCGGUGGCAACUACAGUAACAACAAUUCCGGCGGCGGCUUCAGCAACAACAUCAGUCGCAGCUUCAACGACGCUCGUAACAACUGGAACAAUGCACAACAGCAAUCCUCUUCGUUCCAGAACUCUGGCUAUCAGUCGAACAGCGGAGGAGGAGGUGGCGGCGGAGGAGGAGGAGGCGGCGGACCCAGUAGCUCAGGCUGGGAAGCCGGCCAGCGAGCCUUCAACUCGAAGCGCAAUCAGUUGCAGAAGAUGAACUUGAACAAUGGCGGAUCUGUUCGCAAACCGGGACCGCAACCCGCGGCCAAGGCAGUCCAGAACUUGCGCAACAAUCCCCGGGCGGCUGCUGCCAUUGUCAACGCAGCGGGCAGAAAUAAUCUCCCCAACAACAACAGAAACAACCAGCAGAACAAGCCCGGAAAUCCGCGUUCUGGCAAUGCCACUGGUGUCCAAAAGAAACCGCCCAAUGCGGCACCCAAUCAGUAUAAGGUCAACAACUUGGCGCCCAAGCCGAAUGCCGCAGCAGUGGUUAACAAGAAGCCACCAGUGGCUGGACAGGCUGCCAAGAGUGGUCCCGCAGUCGUGAGGAGUGGACCACAGGCAGCCAGGACAGGCCCACAGGCUCAGAAGACGGGUCCUUUGCCAGUUAAGCCUGGCCAGCAGAUAGUUAAAGGUGGGCCACAGGCAGGCAAACCAGCUGGAGUGCCCAAUAGGCCACCAAAUGCUCCCGGAUUUCCUGUUCAAGUCGGCCAGAAGCGCGUUGCUCCCGCUCCUCCGCUGGAAACUGAGGCCGCCUCCAAGUCGGUGAAAAAGUGGCGUCGCGUGGCCCGCAAGCGCGGAUUCCUGAUGGGCGGAUUCAAGAUCCCGUAUCUCAAUGACCAGCCGAAGAAGCUGCCACAGCCGGAGGCAGACUCGUAUGCCUUGACCUUCUUCGAGCAGAACUUUAACUACAGUACAAACCAGGACGCCACCGAGGAGGACUUCUUGGAGGCGGCCGUGGUGCUCAACGAGGAUUCGGAAGACGAGUCGGUGGCCGAUGAUGCCAAGUCGGCACGCAAGAUUGCCAAGCGUCAGAGGAAGCGCCUGAGGUCCGAGUGGGCACCGCUGCACGAGGCCAAGAAGUACAAGGAGUGGGGCAACUGGUGGAAGGACUACAAGAAUGUGGGCGAGGAGAUCGACCAGCAGCUUUUGGAGUGCGGCAACCUCAAUCUGGAGCACUGCUUCCUGCCCAAUCUGCCGAAGUUAACUACCGAGCAGGUGGUCUACGCCAUCAUUAAGUCGGCUCACUUCGGGCUGGAGAAGAACGCCGAUGUGCCGUACGACACAAUGAAAACCAUCUUCACCAUGAUGAACCGCACCUUCCUGGACAAUCUUACGGAGCUGAACAUGGUGGAGAUCCAGGACAUUAUUCGCGGGAUACCCAACGAUCUCUGGGUAUACAAGUUGCGCAGCAUGGUCUACCUGUGGACCAAGUACAAGUCCAUUACCAAUUCCAAGUCCACCGCCGAGGAGGACGUCAAGGAUCAGCAGGCCAUUGCGCGCGAGUGGAAGAGUCCCUGCUUCCACUGGCUGGCCAAGCAGGCCUUUGAUGAGCUAGUGGCAAUCAGUGAAACCGAAUGGAAAGAACACCGAAGCAUCUUUCCCGCUUUAGAUUAAGGGAUCUUGAAAAACUUUGGAAAGCACUCACCCUUUCUCUACUCAACUUUUGAACCUACACAAGAUCUUCUUCAGGACUAUUUUAUGGAUUAUACAUAUAUGAGUAUCUAGUUGUAUUAAAAACCCCAAUUGCACACAUUAUGAAGAUUCAUCCUGACUAUAUAACGUAGUCUGUAAUUAGACCAGAAUGCUUAUACAAAUAAAGAACAAACCCGGAUGCGUGUAUCUUGCGCUCUGGGGGAAACAAAA